UUGUUUUUCCGGAAGUGGCUGUCAGGAAGAAUGGAGUUAGGGGUCUGCAGGGUUGCGUUUGAAAAGGAUGGUGUCUACCUCCACACCAGUGCAAAGCGUCAUCCCGAUCAAGACUCUAUCAUACCAGGGGUUAUCCGCAUAAUUGAGAAGGGUUCGGACACUUUGCUACAAUGGACACCUAUAGAAGAGUCUUCAGAUGCUGCUCAGAUAACGUACACCAAGAAGGACAUAGCGGGCUGCCAAGCUGAUGAAGAAAUCUUUGACCCGGGGUAUGAGCCGGACUGGGCUGUCAUCAGUACAGUGGGGACUCAGUCUCGGGUCCAGGAGGAAACAAACGCCGCUGGGCCAAAGUCGUCAGUCCCCCGCGGCCAGUGGGCGUUCUCUCUCCACUUGUCUGAGCUGAAGUCCAUCCGUAAAAGCAAGCCAGGUCUGGGCUGGUCGUACCUCAUCUUCAUCACCAAAGACGGGGUCUCCAUCCAGGCCCUGCACUUCCACCGCGGAGGCACCAAGGCCCUCCUCAGGGCUCUUUGCAAAUACGUCAUCUUGGCCACGUCCCCGAAAGAUUCCCGGCUGUAUUUGGUUUAUACGCACGACUCGUAUGCCCUCUCCCACUCUUUCGAUGAACUGCAGCUCUUCGACGACAGUUCUUCCAACCUCGUUUCACGAUUCUUGCAGGAUCCUUACGCUGCCACCUUCGGGGGCUUCUCCAAAGUCACCAAUUUCUUCCGUGGGGCUCUGCACCACGAGGACGGGACCCCCCAGCACGGCCAUGGCGACCCCGGUGCUGGCAAUGUCGAGGAUGAGACAGGCUUUGAAAUGAUCACCUGUCAGGCACGGCUGGGAGAGCGGCCGUCCGUCCAGCGGGAGACCCCGGUCACGGAACAGGAGUGGGAUCAGCAUCUGGAUCCCGACGGGCGUGUGCUGGACCCCAGCGGGCUGCGCAGGAGGAUCUUUGCCGGGGGCCUGGGCAUGCCAUUGCGCAAGGAGGCCUGGAAAUACCUGCUGGGCUAUUAUGCCUGGGAGAACAGCAGUGAGGAGAACAAAGCGCAAGUGCGGCGGAAAACGGACGAGUAUUUCCGCAUGAAGCUCCAGUGGAAGUCGGUCAGCGAAGAACAGGAACGACGGAACUCUUUGCUGCGUGGCUACCGCAGCCUGAUUGAAAGGGACGUGAGCCGCACGGAUCGGAACAACAAGUUCUACGAAGGCAGCGAGAACCCGGGCCUCGUGCUCCUGAACGACGUACUGAUGACCUAUUGCAUGUACAACUUUGACCUUGGAUACGUCCAAGGCAUGAGCGACCUCCUCUCUCCAAUUCUUUACAUCACCCAAAAUGAAGUGGAUGCCUUCUGGUGCUUCUGUGGUUUCAUGGAGUUAGUGCACUGCAACUUUGAGGAAAGCCAAGAGUCCAUGAAGCGCCAGCUGGCCCAGCUCACCCUGCUCCUCCGAGUUCUCGAUCCCCCACUCUGUGACUUCCUGGACUCCAAGGAGUCCGGCACCUUGUGCUUCUGCUUCCGGUGGAUCCUGAUCUGGUUCAAGAGAGAAUUUGCCUUCUCAGAAAUUCUGCAGCUGUGGGAGGCACUGUGGACAGGGUUGCCUUGCCCCAACUUCCACCUUCUGGUGGCCUGUGGGAUUCUGGAUGCGGAGAGACAAGCGCUCAUGAACUCCGGCUUCGGCUUCAACGAAAUCCUCAAGCACAUCAACGAGCUCACCAUGAAGAUGAGCGUAGAAGACAUCUUAUGCCGGGCCGAGGCGAUCUACCGACAGCUGGCAGCAUCUCCGGACCUAUCCCGCAACGUCCAGGAACUGCUGGGCCUCUCCGAGGGCAAGUCUCCGUCCCCCAGCACCGACACGGCGAGCUCCCCCCAGCCUCUGUCGCCAAGCCAGGCCCAGGAGAUGGAGCUGACCGACAGCGUUUCCCCCAGCCAGCCGGACAGCAGCAUUGAGAUCUUGCCCACCGAGGAGGCGACCACCUCGCAGUCCCUCUCUCCUUGAAG